UCCAGUGUGUCCAUCAACGCGGAGAGUGCGACAAGUGGAGACACUGGCAGCAACGCUGGUCUAUCAUCUGCUGGUGUCCCGCUUGCCAUUGUCCCAGCCUACAAGCAUCUACAACAGCAGAGAAAAUUCCAGGGGACUAUCAGUGAACUUCCAGAGCUGCCAUCUCACCGGUUCCAAUAUUCAGUUUGGCAUGAUCUACGGGCUGUCAGUUUGAAAGGGACACAACUCAAAGCUCCACGUGUCAGAGAGGGUCCAGUUGAAAAAGAAAAAGCGUUUUACCUGUUAAAAGAUGAGGAUAAUCAAAACAUUCACCACUCUCUACAUGGAAGGCAGCGUACAGAACAUCGCACAACACUGGAGGACUGGAAUGCUGCAACGUCUGCUAGCCUGUGUUACCAGGAGUUACAUCACCGGUACCAGAGAGACAACUUUUAUCGUAUCCUUGGAAACCUAAAAAGUGUGGAACAGCUGUACCUUGUGGACAACAAUAUCACCAAUCUGGCAUCCUACAGUUUUCCUAAAUGCACUUUGUUGAAUUUGAACAAGAAUUUCAUCUCCUCAUUUAAGAAACUGCCAUCCAUCCCAAAGAUAACAUGUUUAAUUAUGGAAGAUAAUGAUGUGAAUAGUUUUAAGGGUCUGAGUUCUCUCCCCUCUCUGGAACAGCUGUAUCUUCGUGGGAAUCCAAUUACAUUUGUUGUCAACUACCGACCAAAGGUGUUUAGAAUCUUACCUCACCUUCAAGUGUUGGAUGGUAUUGCCAAACUAGAGGAUGACAAUGAAUUUGUUGACGAGGAGGACAUACCAGACCAAGAACCAAGCCGAUGUGUGAUUGCUUAAGGGAUCAAUCACAGUUUAGCUGUAAUGAAUGAUAAUGGAGACAUAUCUGGGCAUAUUUCUAAUGAAUAUUUUACACCCUGGUCAAAAAUGUCUUUAAUUGGAAAGCUAGGUUUUUAUUUCAAGCCCUUUUUUCAACAGUUCCCAAUAAAGACUUUUAUUUUUAACAGUUUCAAUACAGCGGCUUAUUUAAAUGCAAAACAAAUUCUGUCAGAAUUUACAGUCUACAGUUACCCUUUUGGAUGAUGAACGAACA